CCCCCAGCGCGAGCUCAGUAUCAGAGUGGCCCGAGCCACCGCGGUCGGUUGAGGGGGCCGGGGUGGGGGGUGGGGGGUGGGGGGUCCAGGAUGGACCCAAGCCAGAUGGAAAAGAAGGUUUCGGAACAUAAUCAAUCUCAGCGAAGCAGCGUCCAGUCGCUGUUCAAGGUCCCUUUACUUUUUAAGGACAACACCGGGGCUGACGACGAUGUGGGCGAAUCAAGAGCCUUGGACAGCAUCUCUGAGGGGCCCUCCUUUCAGAGACAGAUGACCUCGACUAGGAUCGAGCCUUCUAGGGAAGGCAGCAAGGAGGGGUCCGGCAAAAAGCUGACUAACAUGCUGAAAAAAACUAAUAGAAAUGAUAGUACAGAUUCAGAUGUACAGGAAGUACCAGCUUUGGUUCCAUUUGGAGAUGUGGUUGGCUGCCUAGCUGUUCAUAUAAAGAAAUGCAGACAUUUUUCACCCAGGAUCAACUUACAGUAUUAUACAAAUUUGUUUAUUCGCAUCACUGUUAACAGGGUCAUGAAAUGUACUAAAUCUCAUUGCUUGAAUUACAAAAACAACGAAAAGAGACCCGAAAUUAAAUUUGAAGAAGUGAAAUAUUUCUCUGUACAGGUUCCAAGACGUCAUGAUGAUGAAAGAAAUAUGCUUCAUUUGGAAUUAAUGGAGUUUGAUGAUUUGGAAGCAUACCCUGUACUGUUGGGAAGUUUUAGCUUACAUCUUUACGAAAUCAUUCAGAAAGGAUGCUUCACGGAAGAAUUUUUUAUGAAGAUCAGGAACCUGGUUGUCUGCAGGGUUGAAGUGGAAUUUAUGUUUUCCUAUGGAAACUUUGGUUAUGGCUUUUCACAUCAGUUAAAACCACUUCAAAAAUUGAUUCAGCCAUCCAUGUUUAUGAAUGUUCCCCCACCUGUAGAAAGAACAGACCCUCUAACAAAUGUCAUCACACCGCAACUAAUAGAAUAUCCAGCAUUCUUAUCCCCAGACUUAAAUGUUACUCUUGGGAAUCAACAAAAACAGACUCAUUUAUCAUCUCCAGUACGACUUGAAAAACUUCAACAACAACCACGAGACAGGCUUGACAGAAUGAAGAAAGAAUACAGAAAUUUGAAAACAUGGGAAGAAAAAUCCAAUUAUUUAGAUCAAAUUCUUCGCAUGAAAAUAGAACCAAAAGAAUUUGAGGACUCUAAGGAUACUGAUGACAAUGAUGACAUGAUUUUUAAUCGUGCUACUCCAUUUCCAGCAAGUUUCUUUCAGACAUCAGAAUUCUCAUUUAAAAAGCAAGAAGAUAAAACUCUUCCAUCUGAGUUGCCUGUCAAAAUACCUGAAGUUAAGAAGAGCCUGCCACUGGUAGAAAAGAGAACAGAGCCUGCAGUUUCACAUUUGUUUAUUCAAGAGGAUGCUAAAACAAAAAAUGGAAGCCUUCCUCCUGAGGAAAGUACCCCUUUACCUCCUGUUUCAAUAAAAGGGAAAAAUACAUUUGUAGAAUCUAUAGAUGGAAGAGAUAAGCCAGUACAUGAAAUGACUGAACCUGAAGGAGAUACAUCAGAAAAACAGUUCACGGGCUCACCUUCAUCAGAAGUAAAGCUAAGGCAGAGUCGUAUGAGCCUAGAGAAAAUUGAACUAUUGCAAUCAGAAACAAGGUUGAAAGGUAUCAUUUUAAGCCCAGAUAGAAGAAAGAAGAGCACAGAUGAAGGUGGAUUAGAAUCAAAAAGGCAAAGUUUUAAGCAAGAAAGCAAAAAGAGCUUAGGUUUCAAAGAACUCCAGGAUCUAAAAGAUAUUGAUGCAGCCUCAAAGAUGACUCUUCCUCGACAUGUUUCUUUCAAUAUUUCAAGUGAAGCUCUAGAAUUGCCCUCAAAUCCAGGUCGGAUAAACAGGGGUGGAACUGACGAAAAUAUUAGCUUCAUUGAAGAAGAUAAGAGUAAGGAUAAGAAAACAGGACGUGAGAAGAGUGAAGAUGAAGCAAAAGAGGUUGUUAUUAAGCAUACAUAUGUAGAGGACAACUCUUUUAGACAAGCACGUCCUGAAGGCAUGCCACCAUUUCAAGGGUGCCAGAAACCCAUGAUUAGUAGGGAAAGGUUUGAGCCUUUUUUAAGGAAUAUCCAUGAUAUUCCAGUUGAAGCUGAAGGUGAUGAAAGGAUUCAACAUGUGCCUAUUUGUACAGUUGUUAAAAAGGAUUCAACAAAUGCAGAGAUUAUAGAGCAUGAAGAUCAAGACCCUCCUUAUCCACCAGUGUUAUCAAGCUUAACAGUAAAUUCAGAACAUGCUUCCUGGGAGUCCAAUCCUGACAUCUUUACAAUAAAAUCUCUAGAUACUGAAGAGGAGUUAGAAAGAGGACUAUCAAAGUUUUCUAUGGAAAGUAUGAGUGAAGAAACAGCCUUUAGUAUAGAUAUAGAUUUGAUUGGGAAAGGACAAGAUAACCUCCUUUCAGAACUAUUAGAUCUUAAACCAAGUCUGGAAAAAUUACAGAAAACAAUGGUUCUAAAAUCAAUUUUAAAUGAUGACUUGAAUGACCUUUCAGAAGAAUUAUUUGCACAACCAACAUUCAUCAUGGAGAUUGAGGUACAAAAGAAAACCCAGACUUUUCUGGCUGAUGACACAUCAUUAGAGAACUCGGAUACCGAUAUAUGUGACAGUGCUCAAAAUGAACAGAUUGACCUUUCAGGAAUGAAAAUUUCAGAUUCAAAAUCUUCAAAAAUUGACAUUACGAAUAUUCAGAGUGAACAGAUUGAGGUUUUAGGAAAGAUAAGUACAAGCUCAAAGUUUUCCAAACAUGAUGUCAAGAUAGUGCAGAGUGAACAGAUUGAGCUUUCAAGAAAACCAACUUCAAUUCCAAAAUUUUCCCAAAAUGAACUCAAGAUAGUGCAGAGUGAACAGAUUGAGCUUUCAAGAAAGCCAACUUCAACUCCAAAAUUUUCCCAAAAUGAGCUCAAGAUAGUGCAGAGUGAACAGAUUGAGCUUUCAAGAAAGCCAACUUCAACUCCAAAAUUUUCCCAAAAUGAACUCAAGAUUGUUCAGAGUGAACAGAUUGAGCUUUCAGGAAAGCCUAGUUUGAGUCCAAAAUUUUCCCAAAAUGAGCUCAAGCUUGUGCAGAGCGAACAGAUUGAACUUUUAGGAAAGAUAAGUUCAAGUCCAAAGUUUUCCCAAAAUGAACUCAAGCUUGUUCCAAGUGGACAGAUUGAACUUUUAGGAAAGCCUAGUAUGAGUCCAAAGUUUUCCCAAAAUGAACUCAAGCUUGUGCAGAGUGGACAGAUUGAACUUUCAGGAAAACCUAGUAUGAGUCCAAAGUUUUCCCAAAAUGAACUCAAGCUUGCACAGAGUGGACAGAUUGAACUUUUAGGAAAGCCUAGUAUGAGUCCAAAGUUUUCCCAAAAUGAACUCAAGCUUGCGCAGAGUGGACAGAUUGAACUUUCAGGAAAGCCAAGUUCAAGUCCAAAAGUUUCCCAAUAUGACCUCAAGAGUGUGCAUAGUGAACAGAUUGAGCUUUCAGGAAAGCCAAGUUCAAGUCCAAAAGUUUCCCAAUAUGACCUCAAGAGUGUGCAUAGUGAACAGAUUGAGCUUUCAGGAAAGCCAAGUUCAAGUCCAAGAGUUUCCCAAUAUGACCUCAAGAUUGUGCAGAGUGAACAGAUUGAGCUUUCAGGAAAGCCAAGUUCAAGUCCAAAAGUUUCCCAAUAUGACCUCAAGAGUGUGCAUAGUGAACAGAUUGAGCUGUCAGGAAAGCCAAGUUCAAGUCCAAGAGUUUCCCAAUAUGACCUCAAGAUUGUGCAGAGUGAACAGAUUGAGCUUUCAGGAAAGCCAAGUUCAAGUCCAAGAGUUUCCCAAUAUGACCUCAAGAUUGUGCAGAGUGAACAGAUUGAGCUUUUAGAAAAGCCAAGUUCAAGUCCGAGAGUUUCCCAAUAUGACCUCAAGAUUGUGCAGAAUGAACAGAUUGAGCUUUCAGAAAAGCAAAGUCCAAGUCCAAAAGUUUCCAAAAGUGACAUCAGGAGUGUGCAUAGUGAACAGAUUGAGCUUUCAGGAAAGCUAAGUCCAAGUCCAGAAGUUUCCCAAUAUGACCUCAAGAGUGUGCAGAGUGAAGAGACCGAGCUGUCAGGAAAGCUAAGUCCAAGUCCAAAACUUUCCAAAAGUGACGUCAGGAGUGUGCAUAGUGAAGAGAUUGAGCUGUCAGGAAAGCUAAGUCCAAGUCCAAAACUUUCCAAAAGUGACGUCAGGAGUGUGCAUAGUGAAGAGAUUGAGCUUUCAGGAGAGCUCAGUUCAAGUCCAAAACUUUCCCAAUAUGACCUCAAGAGUGUGCAGAGUGAAGAGACCGAACUGUCAGGAAAGCUAAGUCCAAGUCCAAAAGUUUCCAAAAGUGACGUCAGGAGUGUGCAUAGUGAAGAGAUUGAGCUGUCAGGAAAGCUAAGUCCAAGUCCAAAAGUUUCCAAAAGUGACGUCAAGAGUGUGCAUAGUGAACAGAUUGAGCUGUCAGGAAAGCUCAGUCCAAGUCCAAAAGUUUCCCAAUAUGACCUCAAGAGUGUGCAGAGUGAAGAGACCGAGCUGUCAGGAAAGCUAAGUCCAAGUCCAAAAGUUUCCAAAAGUGACCUCAAGAGUGUGCAUAGUGAACAGAUUGAGCUUUCAGGAAAGCCAAGUCCAAAAGUUUCCAAAAGUGACGUCAAGAGUGUGCAUAGUGAACAUAUUGAGCUUUCAGGAAAGCUCAGUCCAAGUCCAAAAGUUUCCCAAUAUGACCUCAAGAGUGUGCAUAGUGAACAGAUUGAGCUUUCAGGAAAGCUAAGUCCAAGUCCAAAAGUUUCCAAAAGUGAUGUCAAGAGUGUGCAUAGUGAACAUAUUGAGCUUUUAGGAAAGCUAAGUCCAAGUCCAAAAGUUUCCCAAUAUGACCUCAAGAGUGUGCAGAGUGAACAAAUUGAGCUGUCAGAAAAGAUAAGUUCAACUUCCAAAUCUUCCAAACACGAGCCCAAGAUUGUGCAGAGUGGACAGAUUGAACUUUCAAGAAAGCCAAGUUUAAGUUCCAGAUCUUCCAAACAUGAACUCAAGAUUGUGCAGAGCGAACGGGUUGAACUUUCAGGAAAGCCAAGUUUAAGUUCCAGAUCUUCCAAACAUGAACUCAAGAUUGUGCAGAGUGAACAAAUGAAAGAGCUUUCAGGAAAGCCAAGUUCAAGUUCCAAAUCUUCCAAACAUGAACUCAAGAUUGUGCACAGUGAACAAAUGAAAGAGCUUUCAGGAAAGCCAAGUUCAAGUUCCAAAUCUUCCAAACAUGACCUUAAGAUUGUUCAGAGUGAACAGCUGAAAGAGCUGUCGGGAAAGCCAAGUUCAAGAUCUUCCAAAAAUGCCAUCAAGAUUGUACAGAGUGAACAGUUGAAUGAGCUUUCAGGAAAGCCAAGUUUAAGUUCCAGAUCUUCCAAACAUGAACUCAAGAUUGUGCACAGUGAACAAAUGAAAGAGCUUUCAGGAAAGCCAAGUUCAAGUUCCAAAUCUUCCAAACAUGAACUCAAGAUUGUGCACAGUGAACAGAUUGAACUUUCAGGAAAACUAAGUCCAAGUCCAAAAUCUGUUUCAAAAGAAGCAAUGAAUAUAGAAAUACUUUCAGAAAGUCAAGUAGUAGGAUUAACUGAGGAAGUGGAAGAAUGUCAUAUUUCUGAGACAUUUGAAGAGCCUGAAGAACAGCCAAGUAUAGUAGAGGGAGAUUUGUCAAGUAGAAGGAAACAUAGUUUCAAAAAGAAGCAUCCUGAAGAAUGUUCUCAGAAGAGUUCAGAAGGGGCAAUACAGAGUCUAUCUUCAGAAAAAUCUGAAAGACCAGAGGAUAUGGAGCAUGUAGAACCAAUUUCCCCUGAGCCAGUCACAGAACUGGACUUACAGCAUUCACUCACAGUUUGGAAUGGUAAUUUAGCUUCAACAAGUCAAGAAUCGCAUGAAAGUAAACAUUUAGAAGUAGAUAUAGCAAAAUCAAAAUCUUACGUGAGGCACAUAUUUUUACAAGCAUUUCCUUCAGAUUCAGGUUUAGAUUCUAACAUAGUCAGUGUGAUAGAGUUAGAUAAAGAUCACUAUCAGGGUUCAUGGGUAGAAACAGACAUUGGUUCUCCUGAUGAAAGAUCCCCAGGGAUAGAAGAGUUCCCACGGGAUAAAAAUGAUUCACUUUUGAUGAAGAAAUUAGAUGGAGAAAAGAGUGAAAAAAAAGAUCUCAGUUCUGUUUUGGACAAUACAAGUACUUACAUCAUGCAUAAACUUAGUGAGUCAGAUAGAACAUCCAUAAAAUCUUUUGUAAGCAAUGUCUAUAGCAAUUUUCCCACAGAGAAUAUUACUGAACUACACUUAACAAAAGAAGCAGAGGUAGAAAAAGAAAAGCAAGUCAAUUUUGUUGCACAUGAUAAAGAACAUCAUGAGGAAAUACAUGCUAAAACAAUACAAAUCCUUGAUAAAUCUGAUGAUAUCAAUGUAAAAUCUGUUGCACGCCCCAAGCAUACCAGUUUCAAAGAGUGUCUAUCAGGAUCAGAAGCAGAACUUCUGACUGCUGAUUUAAACAAACACAUCCAGGAUUUUCUUUUAGAAAGACUUUCAGGAUCAGAAAAAAUCUCUAAGGAGGAGUUACCAAAAAUCUUUGAGAACCUGUAUUUGAUAUAUGAUAAAAUAGGAAUACCAACUUCUUUCAAGGCUGAAAUAUCUGGCAAAGAUUAUCCAGGAAGUUUUUCAGAAACUUCUGCCAAAAGCACAUCUGCAAAUCAAACUUCAUUUGAUGAUGGCAAUUUGCAAAUAAGGUUAAGAGAUCUUAUAAGUGAAAUUCUUCAACAAUAUCUAUUAAGAAGUAAAUAUUCAGAAAGAGAGUCUGAGCAAAGAGACCAAAACCUGCCUCCAUACAAAAUUAGAACCAUCCCAUUUUCACAUGAAGUGAAACGAGAUUUUUCAGAAGGGAGUUUAUCUGGAGAGAGUGAUAUAAGAAGUCUUUCAAAUCAAUCCAUACAAGACCUUUUAUCAGUUGUCUCCGAAACUGAACUAGUACAUCUCAAAUCUGAUUUAAGCAAACGUAUUCAAAGUCUUUUCAUAGAAAGACUUUCAAAUAUGGGACUAAUCACAGAAAAGGAGUUCCGUGCUCUCAAUGAAAACCUGUCUUUGAUUAAUUCUAGCGACAGACCAUUAAAAUUUUUAAGCUCAGAUCUGAAAGGACUAAGUCAAAUUCUGGGAAAAUCUUCAGAAAAGCCAUGUUACAAAACUCUUUCAAGAAAUGUGUCAGAAGAGGUUAUUGAUGAAAGGUUUUCAAAUGCAGAACUAGCCAGAAAGUUGGAGAGGGAAUAUUUUGCUCUUCAUAGUUAUAAAAGAAAGCCAUCAUUUGUAAGAGAAGAGGAAAAGCAAUACACAAGAGAAAGAGUUGGAAAGCAAGGAGGAAAAAACUCAAAAAAAAGUAGCCAAGAGUUCCUAUUUAACAAUUCAACAGAAAGAAUAACAAAACUAGUGUUUAGAAGGGAACAAAAAGACCACAAUUUUAUGCAACUGCCACAAGUAGAAAAAACUGGUUUUGAAGAGGAGAUCCAAGACCUACAUGGCUGGUAUAAUAAACCAAAAAUAACCCAUUCAAAAGCUACUGUGAAAAUCAAGCCCCUGGACAGAAAAGACCACGUUAACAUAUAUAAAGUGACUGUAAAGGAAAGAUCUGAACCAAUCAUCAUUCCAUCUGACGAGAAUUCUGAAAUACAAUCAGAACUUAAAGAAUAUUUUUAUAAAUCCAAGUUACCUUCAUCAAGUAACUCAUUUUAUUUAAAUUCAGAUAAUGAGGAAGAAUCAAAGCUGAAAGACCAAUGUUAUGGGAAGUCCAAAGAGAACAGCAAAAAGAAGCCACUAUUAACAGUUGCACAAUUCCAGAAAGAGUUACAAGCUGUUUAUGUUAAGCCAAAAGAAGCUACUAUUGAAAGAUGUGUAUCACCACCACCCACUGAUUAUAGUAGUAGAAUUGUGGAAAUUAACACUUCAAAGCCAUCUCUCUUCCCAGAAGUCCUAAAAACAGAAAGCUCAAGGCCUAAAUUUCGGCGAGAAAGAGAGUAUGUUGAGAAACAAAAAAGGCCCCUUUACAGGACAGCUAAGAUAUUAGCAGCCUCACAACCUGCCACAAGACUGCUUCUAAAAAAAUCUCCACAAAGGACACUGCUAUUUCCUUGGUCUGGAAAAAGAAAUAUACAUGACUCUUCGGAAAAUAAAAAAGAAGAAUUACAUUUGACCUCAUAUAAGCAUCUUGAAAAGGCAAAAGCCAGAGCAAGGUUUGAUUUGGGAAGAAGCCCUGAUGAUAAACAAUACUGUAAAAACUUUUCAAGACCAAAUACUGCUCCAGAGUUUAACAAACGAUUGAAAGAAAGCUUGGGGAAAUUUGCAAAUCCACGAUUGGUUUCAGCAGGCUUAUUUCAAGUUCCAAACGUAGGUCUAGAAGAAUAUAAUCAGAGAAAAGAUCUAAAAGAUCUUGAAAAAUGUUCAAUCAUUUGCGAUAUUCUGCAGUUGUUAAACAGUUCAUAUGUGAAACGCAAGUAUGAGGAUGAUUAAGUACAUCACGAAUCUCCUACUAAUGAAAUAUGUUUAGGCUAGUCCUCUUAUUUAGCAGCUCACUACAAAAUUUCAUCUUGUUAGAGUCAUUGUUUUCACUGAAAUACAAAAUAAACAUUUAUGAUGCAUAUAGAA